GAUGCUGCAGUUUUGCUCUGCAUACAAGCAGCAUCUUAGCAGACUUCCAUGCCUUGAUCUGAAUUCCCCAUCUAAUAUGGAAAGGAUGAAUUAAUGUUUUUUCUUCUUUUAAUGAACGUGGAAAGUUGAGAAGAUAAAACCACCGGACAGAGUGUGUCAUACUGUUCUGCCUCCAUGCUGAACUAAUGAACUGGAAGGAACCAUAGCACGAAGGACAGAAGAACCAAAGAGAUUUCUAUGAAAAUAUAGCCAAUUCGCACUUCAUCUUUUCAACAAUGAAUGGAAAACGUUCUGUGCGAAGAAGUCCAGACCAGCGAAAACAGGCCUUUCAAGAUAAUCCAGAUGUUUGUGAUGAUCAUCCUAGUGGAUCAUCAGGAUCAAGCAGUACCCCGGCAAAAAGCUGGUACUUGCGCAACUCUGCUGGCAAUUACACCAAAAAUUCAAUGACUUCAUCUAGUCAAAUGACUGUAGAUGAUGAAGAGGGGCAAGAUGGGGGACAUUCACCAGACAGAUGCCAAACAGCAUUCAUCAGAGAGGUCAUUGCAAGAGAGACCAGCUCUAGCACCUUGUUGUCAAGGUCAUCCACAGCAUCUCAGAAGAAUGUGUUAAAAACCAUAUGCAACAUUCCUUGCCUAUUGCUAAUGGUGAUUUUCUGCAUCCCAAAAUAUCUUUUACACACCUGCAUCUGCACAAUAGACCAAUUCACCAUGGCAAACUUUGUAAAAGUUUCAAGGUUCCUGAUAAUAGCAGUUCCGGUCGUUUGUGGUACCAUUUAUUGCUACUGUCAAUACCUAAAAUUAACAGAUGGUUUCUCAUCACAGGAGCUGGCGCUACGGUAUGAAAGUGAGCUGAAAUCAUUAUGGAAGUCUCAAAAUGGCCUUCAAGAGCAAAUUCAGGAAAUCCCAGUAAUUAAAAAUCGGACAGCACAUCUGCAAGCUGAAAUGAAGAGCAUCCAGAAAGGCAUCCCGAAUUCUAUAAAACAAAUCCUCAAGGAAAAUGACAUCCCAGGAGAGAACAAAGAUCAAGUGCUUGAAAUGAUUAAUCAAGCUUUUAGGAAGACAUAUGAGGAUCAUGUACAAAUGCCAGAUUGGGCUCAAAAAACAAUAGGAGCCACUAUUGAUCACAGCAGGACUUCAAAGAGCUAUGAGCCUGAGAAUGCAAAGAGCUGUUGGUAUAAAUACUUCUUCAUUUCUACAGCCAAACCCCCUGAAACGAUUCUACAGCCAGAUGUUUACCCAGGAAACUGUUGGGCAUUCCAUGGAAGUGAGGGCCAAGUGGUCAUAAAACUGCCUGAAAGAAUCUUUCCAACUGCAGUCACAGUACAGCAUAUCCCCAGGGCUGUCUCUCCUGUAAAAGGAGUCACCAGCGCCUUGAAGGACUUCUCAGUUUAUGGGAUAGAUGAUGAAAUCAAUGAAGAAACUUUGUUAGGAACAUUCAUGUAUGAUAUAGAGAAGGAAACGAUCCAGACAUUCCAGCUGCAGAAGGAAGCUGCAAAGCAAUUUCUUUGUAUGAAAUUCAAGGUGCAAAGUAACUGGGGCAAUGCGGAAUUUACCUGCAUUUAUCGGGUCAGAGUGCAUGGGAACAUGUCUGGAAAUUCAGUCCCUUCAGAGAAAGGCCAAAAGUGAAGAUCUUGGAAGACGAAUAAAGGAAAACAGGAAUGUGAACACUCAUUGUACUGAGCAAAGUGUGAAGAACCCACAAAAUUUGCUCUGAUUUUUUUUCCUAGGGGAGGGUGGGAAAGGGAAACAUGGAGGGAGAAAAUGUAUGAUUACGUCAAGAUCCCUUGAUGUCAGUAUGUUCUGACUGUGCACAAACUUCCUCUGUGGUCUGCUUGAGAAAUACGGAUGAAGACAAUAAAAUUUCCAUCAAUGCAAAGCAAGCAUACUGGCAAACUGA